UCAUGCAUGCACUUACCUUGCCGCUAUAUAUAAUCCCAAUUUUCAUCUUCAAUCUCUGCAACAACAAGCGACGCUUUCAAAAAUGUCUGCCAAAUCGAAGCUUUCUGCAGUUAUUUUAGUCCUGUCUGUUGCGGCUUUGUUUGCGGGCUUAGCCUCUGCUAAGCAAGACCCAGAGCGAAAACAAUGCUCCCACCAAUGCAGAGUCCAGCAACAAUUUGAUGAGGAACAGAAAGAAGAGUGUAUGAGAAAAUAUGAAGAAUACCACAGAGAGAAAAAAGAAAGAGAGGGUGUAAAAGAACUUGAAUUUGAUCCUGACCGGAGAUUGAGAGAGUGCCAGAGCCGGUGUAUGCGACAAGGAAGGGGGGAGGCGCAGCAGCUGUGUCGCUUUCGAUGCCGACAGAGAUUGGAGAGAGAGCAUGACAGAAGGUGGGAGGAGGAAGGCAAAAAACAUACGAAGGAAUACGAAGAAGAAGAAAAGCACAAUCCUUAUGUAUUUGAAGAUCGACAUUUCUCUACCCCAAUCAAGACUGGGAAAGGAAGAGUUGAUCUUCUCACCAAAUUCACACACAACUCGGAUCUUCUUCGUGGCAUUGAGAAUUAUCGACUGGCCCUACUUGUUGCAAAUCCGAAGGCGUUUCUAAUCCCAAACCAUUUUGAUGCUAAUGCUAUCUUUGUUGUCACUCAAGGACGUGUAAUAAUAUCAAUGAUCCAUGAAGAUAAGAGACGGAGCUUCAACAUUGAAACAGGAGACAUCAUCAGGGUUCGUUCUGGGACUCCUCUUUAUUUGAUCAACAGAGAUGACAGUGAGAAACUGUUCAUAGUCAAGUUAUUGCAAACCGUCAAUCGUCCAGACCAUUAUGAGGUAUUUUACGGUGCUGCUGGUGCAAAACCGGAAUCAUUCUAUGCAACAUUUAGCAUUGAGAUCCUUGAAGCUGCUCUCAAGAAUUCAAGAGAUAAGCUGGAGAGGUUUUUCGACAAACAAGGCAAAGAAGCUAUCCUCGCAGUCUCGAAAGAACAAAUCGAGGAAUGUGGCAAAGGCGGUGGAAUAUGGCCUUUUGGAAGUGAUUCAAAGAAUCCAUUCAAUCUCUUCAAAAAGCGCCGCCCUUCAAAGUCUAACAAAUAUGGUCAGCUCUUUGAAGUUGAUGCAGAUGAAUUUCAGCACCUUAAAGAUUUCGAUCUCAGGGUUUCCUAUGCCAACAUCAGUAGGGGAUCCAUGAUUGCCCCUUUGUACAACUCGAGGGCAAUAAAGAUUGCCAUUGUCGUGCAAGGCGAAGGGUACUUGGAAAUGGUACCUCCUGAUGUGUCCUCCAAGUCCAGUCAUCGUCAAAGUCGGGAUUCUGGACAAAGAAAGAGUGGCUCUAGUUAUCAGAAGAUGAGCUCACGUCUACCGUUCGACACAGUGUUCGUUGUUCCGGCGGGGCAUCCUUUCGUAACAGUUGCAUCUAGACGUACCAAUCUAGAAGUUCUAUGUUUUGAGGUCAAUAUAGAAAACAAUGUCAGAUACCUUCUAGCAGGGGAGGGUAAUUUCGUGCAGCAAUUCGAGAAGGAAGCCAAGGAGUUGGCUUUCAAGACCAGGGAAGAAGAGGUGGAUAUGAUCUUUGGUAACCAGGACGAAGAGUUCUUUCUCCCUGGACCAAGUCAACAAGGGAGCAGAGAUUAUAAAUAAGG